AUGUCGAAGGAUAUGGAUGUGGCAGACAUAGCAAGAUAUUGGGCUGACAUUCUCAACCGGCACGUCCCUGAUCGUAACAGGGUGAAGGUAAGUGGCGAGCAACUACAACUAGUAAGGUUGGAGAGCAUGACAUUGGAGUUGGCCUUGUCCCGGACCAAAGGGACGGACCGGUACUUCUGGGACGUGUUGGCAGAGACUCAGUUUGAGGUUAAAGUUCAGAUGGUGACGAUUAUGGCGGACGAGAAGGGGUUGGAAAAGGUGUUGGUAGAGGAAGAAGGGCACGUCUGUGGGGUUUGUCAGGAUGAGAUGGAGGUCGGUGAUAAAGCUAGAGCUAUGGGUUGCAUGCACCUGUUCCAUGGAUACUGUAUUGUCAAGUGGCUUAUUGAAGCCAAUGCUUGUCCACUCUGCAGACAUGCAUAG